ACACUAGAAUUCUAAAGAAAACAACCAAGAAAAAGGUAAAGAAAAGAUCUUGUGAAGACUAGAAUUUUCCGCAAGUCCUAUAAAAACCCCACUCCAGGUGCUCUAAGUACUCAGACAAGCAAAGCAUACAAAAACCAAGACGAGUUUCUCAAUCUCCCAAAAUAUCAUAAUCCAAGUUUCCUGUUAAUCCCAGUUUUCUAUCCUGAAAAUGGCUAUGAUUCCAAGCUUUUUUGGCAACCGCCGCAGCAAUGUCUUUGAUCCUUUCUCUCUUGAUGUAUGGGAUCCUUUCAAGGACUUCCCCCUUUCUUCUUCACUCACCUCACAAACCCCGGAAACCUCAGCGUUUGUGAAUACCCGAAUUGACUGGAAAGAAACCCCAGAAGCGCACGUGUUCAAGGCUGAUGUUCCGGGGCUUAAGAAAGAAGAGGUGAAAGUGGAGGUUGAAGAUGACAGAGUGCUUCAGAUAAGCGGAGAGAGGAACAUUGAGAAGGAAGACAAGAAUGACACAUGGCAUCGCGUGGAACGCAGCAGUGGGAAGUUUAUGAGGAGGUUCAGGUUGCCUGAGAAUGCCAAGAUGGAUCAGAUCAAGGCUUCCAUGGAAAAUGGUGUGCUUACUGUCACUGUUCCCAAACUGGAAGUGAAAAAGCCCGAUGUCAAGGCUAUUGACAUUUCUGGCUAAACGAUUGAACUUGGGUUUCUAAAUCGUGUCUUUCAACACUGCCAGAUCAGAGUUCAGUUCCCACUAUGCGCGAUCCAUAAUAUAUGUGUGUUUACGUAUGUAUGUAUAAAACUUUUAAAUAACGUUGUGAUUUGUAAUGGUCUUAAUUUUGUAGUUUGGUCUUUUAUGUAUCUGUAAUAAUAUAAAUAUCUCAAUUUUAUA